UCAAUCCAGACGCGACCCAGACAGACCUCGGCCCGGGGGCCCAGCCGUGAGAGCUGCGUGCUGAUUGGCUGAGCGCCACCGUCCUUUUGAGACUCGGCCUCCCAUUGGUUGAAGCCGACCGAGACGCUCACGCGCACAAUGUCUACCCGCUUUUGUUAUUGUAGCGAGCGCGAGGAGAGCGGGCAGGAUGCGCGGACGGAGACAGCGAGCCUGAUAGUCCGGUAUCGACUCCGAUAGACUCAAAUUAGAUGCUGGAGGGGGAAGGGGACACGGAUUUUUACCUCUCCGUCCUUGUGCAGAAGACUGCUUUUUGCUAUUCUUUAAAAACACGACCGAUGUAGCAGCAGGAUGUCCGUGAACCCUCCCAACAGUAAUGACGCCUGCCUCAGUAUCGUGCACAGCCUCAUGUGCCACCGGCAGGGUGGCGAAAACGAGGGCUUCGCCAAGCGUGCCAUCGAGAGUCUGGUCAAGAAACUGAAGGAGAAGAAAGAUGAACUGGACUCCCUCAUCACCGCCAUUACUACCAACGGAGUUCAUCCCAGCAAGUGCGUGACCAUCCAGAGGACGCUGGACGGACGCCUACAGGUUGCGGGUCGUAAAGGUUUUCCUCAUGUAAUCUACGCACGUUUGUGGCGCUGGCCUGACCUUCACAAGAAUGAGCUGAAGCAUGUGAAAUUCUGCCAGUAUGCAUUUGACCUCAAAUACGACAAUGUCUGUGUCAACCCUUACCAUUAUGAGAGAGUGGUGUCACCAGGCAUCGUUGGUCUCAGUCUUCAAAACACGGAAACACAUUUGUCCUCUGGUCGGUGUCUAGGUCCCACAGGGAGACUGAUAAAGGAAGAGUACAGCCACGACUGCAUUCAGAUGGACGUUCCCCCAGGCCUGCCUCCUCAGCAGGACCACCAGGGGGCGAUGAAGCUCCCCCCUCCAGACCACUAUGGCCAGCCACUGCCUCCCCUACAGCUGCCUUCAGAAGGCCCCCGCGCACCCCCGCCGGUCACCCUCUACUCCAACAUGCCCCUCUCACCCACCGCUUCAGGCUCUAUGAUGCCGAUGCAGGGAGGUCAUGGUGAAGGCUUACUACAGAUAGCGUCUCCUCAGGGUCAAGUCAUGACCCCUACCCCUCCCCCCUCCACCCCUACACAUGGACCCCCACAGACCCCCGUCCCACCACAGCCUCCACCCAACCAGAAUGGCUACAAUAGCUCCAAACACUCCCAGACGCAAGGCUCCUUUCACACAACCUGGACAGGCAGCAGCACAGCCUCCUACACUCCUGUAGGACCCCAGCAAAAUGGACGUGGCCACCAGCCUCCUCUCCACCACCCGCACUUUUGGUCUCAACAUCACAGUUCAGCAUCUUUCCCCCCUCCAGUCUCCAAUCAUCCAGGUCCUGAGUUUUGGUGUUCAAUCUCAUAUUUCGAGAUGGACGUGCAGGUGGGGGAGAUGUUUAAAGUGCUGUCCAGCUGUCCGGUGGUGACGAUUGACGGGUAUGUGGACCCCUCAGGAGGUGACCGCUUCUGCCUCGGGCAGCUCAGUAAUGUGCACCGCACUGACGCCAGCGAGAGAGCCAGGUUGCACAUAGGUAAAGGCGUGCAGCUGGAGUGUCGUGGUGAGGGGGAUGUAUGGAUGCGCUGUAUGAGCGAUCAUGCCGUCUUUGUGCAGAGUUAUUAUCUGGACAGAGAAGCAGGCCGAGCGCCAGGAGAUGCAGUGCACAAAAUCUACCCAGGGGCCUACAUAAAGGUGUUUGACCUCAGGCAGUGCCACAGGCAGAUGCAGCAGCAAGCAGCGACGGCACAGGCGGCAGCGGCGGCACAGGCGGCAGCGGUCGCGGGGAAUAUUCCAGGACCGGGAAGUGUUGGUGGAAUUGCUCCUGCAGUCAGCCUCUCUGCGGCAGCAGGCAUCGGUGUGGAUGACCUUAGGAGGCUGUGUAUCCUGCGUCUGAGUUUCGUGAAGGGUUGGGGUCCCGAUUACCCCCGGCAGAGCAUCAAACACACCCCCUGCUGGGUGGAGGUGCACUUGCACCGGGCGCUGCAGCUGCUGGAUGAGGUGCUGCACACUAUGCCACUGGCUGACCCUGGACCAGCUAACUGAGAGAAACAAUACACCGCAUACACUCACCACACAGAUAGUGGACUCACUACAGUAAGCGUGCAAACCACAUCAAGUGCUACAGUGUGGUUUUCACUUUAAUCAGUCGUUAGAAACCCAAUGAAAACACCACAGAAACUCACUACUCUAAAACUCAUGUUUCUGAAAGAUGUUUCAGUGCGUUUUAUUGUUCUAUAGUGAAAUGUUGCAUUUCUUUGAGGUUGAAUCUCACAAAAAAAUGUCAAGGUCAUGUUUCACUUCAAUAUUAAAAGAAACUAAAUAUUUCUCAAAUAUCAUGAAGACAUAUUUUAGGAGGAUUUUAAUAAGUGAUCUUAUUUUGGUGUGUGUGUCUAUGUGUGUGUGUGUAUAUACAUUUGAAGUCAGAAUUAUUAGACACCCUGAAUUAUUACAGGGGUCUCACUGUUUUGUUUUGUUUUUCCCGAUUUCUGUGUAACGAAGAGAAGAUUUUUUCAACGCAUUUCUAAACAUAAUAGUCUAAAUUUUCUCAUUUCUAAUAA